AGAGAAGUUCACGUGUACGGUGAGAAGAACAUUUUACAUUUUUUUAGGGAGAAACUGUUUUGUUGCUGCGCUAAUUUGGAAUUAAAUUCUUCACACCGGAUAUAACAAUGAAUUACAUGCUUUUAUGUAUAACUGCACUGUUAUUACCUGGAGCCUUUUGCCACCUUGGUGGGCAACAAGCUUACAUGCAAGCAGCCCAAGUCCCUCAACAACAGGCACAGAUGCAGCAGCAACAUCAGCAUUAUGGUCAACCUCAGCAAGGUUUUGCUCCCCAGCCUGGUAUGGGUCAGCAACAGGGUGUUCCACAACCUAAUCUUAUUCGUGAUAAAACUCACAUCCAAGACAGAGAACAUAUCAAAGAGCAUUUAGAAGGUGUUGUUAACCAACCAGAUGUCAGCCAAAUGUCAGAGGAAGAGUUGCAGUUUCAUUACUUCAAGUUACAUGACAAUGAUGAUAAUAAUAAAUUAGAUGGUUGUGAACUUAUUAAAUCACUUAUUCACUGGCAUGUUGAAGAGAGCAAACACUUAGGACAAAAUGCUCCACCACAAGGAACAACUAAAAUCUUCACUGACCAGGAACUUUCACAGAUGAUUGACCCAAUCUUGAAUAUAGAUGACAGAAAUAAAGAUGGAUUUAUAGAUUACCCAGAAUUUAUAGCAGCACAAAAAUCACGAAGUUUUCAAUAGUUCUUCUCUAAAUAUAGGUGUAGGAUAAGCUUGUUUUUUUGUAGGUAAAUGUUUUUUGAGGGGUUUAUUUUUUCUUCCAUUAUGUAAAAUGUGUAACUAACAAUAGUAUGAACAAACACUUAUAUUUUUUCAAAAUGUACAUAAGUAUUAGCAUUUUUAUUCUUUUAAUACAAAAUUUGAGUAGUAUUUUUUGUUUUGUUCUGUUAUAAGUGGCCUUAUUACUUAAUAUUUAACUUUUCCUGUAUAUUUUUACACACUACUUUGUAUAUCGGCAACUAUUUUAUAUCAACAUGUUUUGUAAGGAUGAGGAGCAUAUUAAAGAUUAAAAUGUAGUUACUCUUUUGUGAAUCUUCAAGGAAA